UCUCCUCCCUGCUUUGAAAUUUAUCUGGAUUAGUGAACUAUUUUCCCUUCAUUGUUAUCAAAUUUGAAGCAACGUUCUGGCAGGAGAACAAGAUGUCACGGAAAAGCGUUCGAGGCUGCUUCUCUUUGAAGAUAUGGACAAAACUUUUUUUCAAAAACACAUGCUGCCAGUGUGCUUCUUCUGACACUGAAAUUCAAAAUGAAGAGAUGGAGAGGAGAGGAAAAGUAAAGAAAAGAAAGAGGAAAAAUGAAAAUAAACGAGUGAUCAUCUCCAAUUUGCCCUUUGGAAGAAAGAAGUGGAAGGAAAAUCCAAACAGACACUAUGACUGUAAUGAAAUUAAGACUACAAAAUACACCCUCUUGACUUUCCUCCCUAAAAAUAUCUCUGAACAGCUUCACCGCUUCGCCAAUAUUUAUUUUGUGGCCAUCGCUCUCCUGAAUUUUGUGCCAGUGGUUAAUGCUUUCCAACCAGAAGUUUCCGUGAUCCCAAUUUGUGUUAUAAUGGCUAUUACAGCCAUUAAAGAUGCUUGGGAGGACUUUCGGCGGUACAAAUUGGACAAAGAAAUCAAUAAUAUGGGCUGUUACAUUUACAGCAGGGAAGACCAUGCCUACAUUGAGAAGCGCUGGAAAGAUGUCCAAGUGGGGGACUUUGUGCAGCUGCGGUGCAACGAGACCAUCCCAGCUGACAUCCUCUUGCUCUACUCCUCCGACCAGAAUGGGAUUUGUCACUUGGAAACUGCCAACCUUGAUGGGGAGACCAACCUCAAACAACGACGAGUUGUAACAGGCUUCUCCGGCCAGAAUGCUCCUUUUGAACCAGAGCUUUUUGAGAACAUCCUCAUCUGUGAAACGCCUAACAACGAUCUCAAUAAAUUCAAAGGGUAUAUGGAACAGCCAAAUCUUGAACGGAUUGGUUUUAGCACUGAAAGCCUUUUGCUUCGUGGAUGUACAAUUAGAAACACCGAGGUUGCAAUAGGAAUUGUUGUAUAUGCAGGUCAUGAAACUAAGGCCAUGCUAAAUAACAAUGGUCCUCGUUACAAACGCAGCAAAAUAGAACGACGGAUGAAUAUGGAUAUUUUCUUCUGUGUGGGACUUCUGCUUGCAAUGUGUCUUGUUGGAGCAGUAGGCCAUGGCAUUUGGAGUGGAAACUUCUCAGAGCAUCCACCUUAUGAUGUCCCAGAUGUGAAUGGCAAUUAUCUGUCUCCAGUUGUUGCUGGUUGCUACAUGUUCUUGACUAUGAUAAUCCUGCUGCAGGUUUUAAUCCCCAUUUCUCUCUAUGUGUCCAUUGAAUUAGUCAAGUUGGGCCAAGUCUUUUUAAUUCACAAUGAUAUUGACCUAUAUGAUGAAGAAGCAGAUUUGCCCAUACAGUGUCGAGCCUUAAAUAUCACUGAAGAUCUCGGACAAAUCCAGUAUAUCUUCUCAGACAAAACUGGGACACUCACAGAGAACAAAAUGGUAUUCCGACGCUGUACUGUUGACGGAAAUGAGUUUUCACAUCAGGAAAAUGCCAGACGUCUGGAAACUCACAAGGAGUUGGAUUUAGAUGAUGAGGACUUCGCAAAACUUCAGCACUUCACUCUUCCUUCCAUGAAUAUUGAGCAACCAGCCACUUAUAAACAGAGGACCGUAAGACCUUUAAGGAGGUGCCAGAGUGCUAGGGCUCGUUUUCAAGGCCAUGCAAGGCAGAAGUCACUCGGUCGUCGUGACAGCAACCAGUCUCAAGUGGCAUUCAGCAGUACCAUUGAAAAGGAUGUGGCUCCUGAUAGCAGGCUGUUGAGGAGAGUGAGAGAAGCUGCACUCCAGACUGAAAAUCUGUCUCCAUUUACACACAUGAAGACUGCCACAUCCCUUACUGACUUUUUUCUUGCCCUUGCCAUCUGUAAUACAGUUGUGGUCUCCACGGCUACAGAGCCAAGACAAAGGGUUACAGUCCCACCACAAAUAAAACCUUCAGGAAUCACCCUGGAGAGGAUUCAUCAGAUAUUCCAGCGGCUAAAAUUAGCAAGUCUCAGUCAAUCUUUUGCAUCAUCUCAGUCUAGUUCAGAUCUUGGAGCUAGCUUUAGUGCAAAGAGCCCCGACGAGCGCCUUGCCGCGCUGGAUUGCUGCGAUAACGACGAUGACUGCUACGGCGGUAAUGGGAAGGGCAGCACGGAUAUUGGCAGUGCUUCCUUGGAUGAGGUUUUUAAAUCUGUUUCUCACAGUUCUUUGCCACCAGAAUUUUGUUAUGAGGCUGAGAGCCCAGAUGAGGCAGCUCUUGUCUAUGCUGCCCAGGCAUAUAGUUUUACCUUAGUGUCCCGGACUCCAGAGCAGGUGACCGUGCGGUUGCCACAAGGCACCCUCCUGACUUUCGACAUUCUCUACACCUUGGGAUUUGAUUCAGUAAGGAAAAGGAUGUCAGUAGUGGUGAGACACCCUAUAACCAAGGAGAUCAUCGUCUACACAAAAGGAGCUGACUCUGUUGUAAUGGACUUACUGGAAGACCCCGUCAAAGCUGACCUUAACACACAGAAAAGAAUGAGAAGAAUAAGAGAUAAAACACAGAAGCACCUGGACUACUAUGCCCGUGAUGGCCUACGAACUCUGUGCAUAGCUAAGAAGAUCUUGAACGAAGAUGACUUUCAAAAAUGGGCCAAUUUUCGUCGUGAGGCCGAAGCUGCGAUUGACAACAGAGAUGAGCUGUUAAUGGAGACUGCGCAGCACCUGGAGACCAAACUCACCUUGCUAGGAGCAACAGGGAUUGAAGAUCGGCUGCAAGAGGGAGUGCCUGACACUAUUGCAGCUCUUCGAGAAGCUGGGAUACAAAUCUGGGUGUUGACAGGAGACAAACAGGAAACAGCAGUUAACAUUGCAUAUUCUUGUAAACUUCUGAACCAAAGAGACACUGUCUUUACCAUUAACACUGAAAAUAAGGAAACUUGUGAAUCUCUCUUGAAUUUAACCUUGGAAGAAGUGAGGAAGAGUUAUGAUGUUGAAAAACCACGGAGGAAAUUUUUUGGCAUUAUCCCAACAUCUUUAUCAGUCUCUGGGGCCCCCUCUCCUGAAUUUGGACUGGUGAUUGAUGGAAGAACGCUGAAUGUCAUCUUCCAAGGGGGCCUGGAAAAGACGUUCCUGGCCCUGACGAAGCACUGCCGCUCGGUCCUCUGCUGCCGCUCCACGCCUCUCCAGAAGAGCAUGGUAGUCAAGCUAGUCCGGAGGCAGCUUAAAGUGAUGACACUGUCAAUAGGGGACGGGGCAAAUGAUGUCAGUAUGAUUCAAGCAGCUGAUGUUGGAAUCGGAAUAUCUGGCCAAGAAGGCAUGCAGGCUGUGAUGGCUAGUGACUUUGCAAUAUCCCGAUUUAAGCAUCUCAAAAAACUACUUCUCGUCCAUGGACAUUGGUGUUAUGCUCGCCUGGCAAAAAUGGUGAUUUACUUUUUCUACAAGAAUGUGAGCUACGUCAACUUGCUCUUCUGGUACCAGUUCUUCUGUGGGUUCUCCGGUGCUACCAUGAUAGAUUAUUGGCAAAUGAUCUUUUUCAAUCUCUUCUUCACCUCGAUGCCCCCUAUUCUCUUUGGAAUCCUCGACAGAGACAUUUCUGCAGAAACACUUCUAGGUUUGCCUGAAUUAUACAAGAAUGGGCAGAAUUCAGAGAUAUACAAGCUGUCAACUUUUAUUGUUACAAUGUUGGACGCCUUCUAUCAGAGCCUUGUUUGCUUCUUUGUCCCUUAUUUGACGUACAAGGGCUCUGACAUAGAUGUGUUUACCUUCGGGACCCCCAUCAAUACCAUCUCCCUCCUCACCAUUCUCUUGCACCAGGCUUUAGAAAUGAAAACAUGGACGGUGUUUCACUGGGUCACGAUGAUUGGGAGCGUGGUGCUUUACUUCAUCUUCUCAGUGGUCUACAAUGCUGUCUGCGUGGUCUGCAACCCUCCCACCACCCCCUACUGGAUUAUGGAAAGGCAUCUUUCAGACCCUACCUUCUAUUUAUUGUGCCUCAUUACCCCAGUCAUUGCACUCUUACCAAGGUACUUUAUUUUUGCCCUACGAGGAACCUUUGGAGCAUCUCUGAUUCUGAAAGCUCAGCAACUAGAUAAACUUCCUAAAGAGCAACAAGAUAUUGAAAUCCAGAAAUGGAGGUCAAGAAAACAAACUACUUCUGAUGAACCCAUAGCAUCACCAGCGUCUAAUGAUGACCUUGACCGAACCAUCAACCACUUAUGUGUUUCACCAUUUCUGCAUCCAGCAUCAGCAGCUGUGUCUCAUGGGGACCCAGAUAGCCAGGGACCUUCCACCUCUGAAAUGAAUCCUCUCAGGAAAUGGACACCUGAAGAAGGUAAUUAUUUCUUUAAUAGGUGGGCACAGGAAGAAUCUACUGCUACAGACUCCUCAGCAGGACCUUUCUCUGGCCAUUACCCCCUUGUUCCCAAUAGGGUAGCAUCUCCUGGGCAGGAUGCUAGCAAACUAACUAGAGAUAAUGCUAAAAAAUUUAACCACGGAAGCCAUCGACGAUCUGUGAGUGCAGUGACACUUUGAAGAAAUACGCAGAAAUGGGAUUCCUUUACUGGACGCAGUAUCUCUGCUGUGCAAGCCACGUGGAGAAACAUACCUUAAGGAAAACAGAAUGUCUAUUUAUACUUAACCAUGGUGCUCUUUACAAAAGGAGAGAGAGAAAUUUGGAGAUACGAACCUGCUGGAGUAUUGCAAUAUGAUCUCCAAUAUAUAACUUCUCCCAAGCACACACAUUGUCUGGGUUUGUUAUUAGAUGUCUUCUUGUUUCAGUAGUGUAAUGUCAUACGAGCAUCACACAAUUGCUUAGAAAUGUACAGUUUUGCACAAAAUUACUUUCUUUCAUCAAGGAACAUUUUUCUAUCACAGUAAUGGUGAAUAAUUGCAUUAGUGGUGUUGCAAUGCUAUUGUAUAAGCAGUAUAGAAGUAAUAGUAAGGGAACCCAUUCUACGUUAAACUAAGUCUUGGAGCAACAUAUCCUAUUCUAACUUUUAAUAUCAAAGUCUUAAAAGGACCUAACCAACUUAAAAAUUACAGUUCCACCAAAAAAGUUGUUGCCUCCUAAUGCUAAAAGUAGCUCCAGAAUAACAGUAGCUGAAAGAGACUAGAAAUUUUCCCUUUUUAAUAUAUAGACUUUGUACAUAUAACUGUAUCAAGUAUAGAGUCUGUUUUCCCUCCACAGUAAGCUCUAUGUAUUUAUGCAGGUUUGACCUGAUACUGUUAAGAAAAGUAGAAAACAGUUUACGAAAUAGAAGAAUGGAAAUACCAAACUACAAAAACUGGCAGGAUAACGCAAGGAUAAGUGAAGUCUGCUUCUUCAUACCUACAAACAUAGACAGAUAUAACUAGUCCAAUUCCAAUUCAAGUAUCAAUAUUCUAGAAUUCUGAAUUCUCCCUGCUUCUCAUUUGGAAAUACAGUCUCUUCCUUCCCUUUCCUAUAUUAUUGUAUCAUUUUGCUGCAUUCAAUCCAGUUGCCAAUCAAGUAUAGAUCAUGCUCUUUCCCAUAGUUUUCCCACAGUUUCAUUCAGUAGUUUUUGGAGAUCUCAACUGGAAAUACAGUCUCUUCCUUCCCUUUCCUAUAUUAUUGUAUCGUUUUGCUGCAUUCAAUCAAGUAUUUAAGUUGUUAAUCAAAUAUAGAUCAUGCUCUUUCCCACAUUUUUCCCACAGUUUCAUUCAGUAGUUUUUGGAGAUCUCAAUGAUGGAGAUUUUCACAAGCAAUACAUGAAGGUAACUAAUCACAUUGCAGUAACUACAUGGUGUAGAAUGAGCAAAACAUGCUCUAAAUCAUGUAUAUUACUUCUAUUCAUCCUUUUCAUUAUCAGAGGGCAGCAAGAUGUAGGAAAAACAUAGAAUGUCACCAUCAUCACUACCUAUUGCAAUGCAAUGAAAGGUGAUUUUUAUAUUUCUUAUAGAAAUGUUGACUAGUAAGACCUUUUUCCACAUUUUUCUUCACUAUGUGGGGUGGAGUCCUAACCAUGCUUUAAACUCAAGCCAUCUGGACUUUUGUGGAUCUAUCACUGCCUCUGAUUUAAAUAUAUUUUUAGCCUUUUAUGUAUGUACUAUAAUUAUUAUUUUAGGUAAUUAUUUGCCACUUAUCACAAUGUAUGAAAUCCCUUUAGUACUCUGUUUAUCAAAUACUAAUUUACCUUCUAUGUGUUACAAUACUUACUGUGACUGGAAUCUUAAAGAUGUUACCUUAAAGCAACUCAAGCAAGACCAAGUAGCAUAUCUUCCGUUUGGAUUUCUGGUAGCCAGAGUGAGAGCACAUAUAUAACUGUAAUUGAUAAAGUGUUAAUUCUUAGCUGUAAGGCAAUUUAAAAAGAGAUUUUUUUGCAUGAUGUACAAAUGAAGGUAAUUAGACAAAGCUGAGAUUAUUCUUAACUGGCUGUAAGAUUUCUCAAACGUUUGUUCGCUAGCGAGGAGUGAACAUUGGAUGCCAAUACUUAAGAUCAAGUCUUUAUGUCUCGUAGCCAUGUUUUCACAUGAAAUAGUCAAUUUCCUUUGAACUUAAAGAAGAUGUCAAUUUCUUAUUAUAUAUUUUAUGAGAAAAUAAGAAAUGUUUUCAUAGUAAUAAAAUGUA